AUGUCAUUGAAGCAUAAGAAAUUGAAUCCAAUUACAGUUUGUAACUGUGAACAUCCUGAUCAUCACCAGUAUUUGGUGGUGGGUUCUUUGGAGGACCAUCACCUGGUUUUCCGAAUAUGGAACAUGAAUUUGAGUUUAAAUUUAACAAAUUACGUACCCAGGAGGUCCUUGGCCGAAACUGCAAGCAAUACUCAUAAGCACCAUAAGCAAAAAUAUUAA